UGCUUUCUUUGCACGUGUCGUCAAUCCUCGAUUGCAUUUUCAUUUUAUUAACAUCUAUCCAACUAGAUAGAGCCAGAACUUGCGCAAUCUAUCUCUUUGUUUUCUUUCAUAUCUAUUGACUCGAAGGGAAUGUACUGUGCAAACCACGCUGUUUUGAGUCACCCAUCCCAAAAGGGGAAAAAGAAAGAAAGAAAGAAAAAGACUUUGUUGUUGGCACUCGGGCCAGCGAAUCAUUAGCUCUGAUAAUCCGUGUCUGUUCCCGCGACGUGACGGCUGCCAUUCUGUACAGUACUUACCGACUGACUACCUACCACUAUCCUUCAAAUAUUGGGUAAUUGGCCUUCUCGUCUACGCUCGGACGGUCCGUUUACGUGCAGUUCGUUUACCAUCCGACCGUCGGGCUGAAAUAAAUGCCCAUAGCACUCUUUUACGGACCCAUCGGCAAUUUUUAAAGACAGAAAAAAAAAAAGACAUACCUACGGCGCAACGAGAUACGAAGCACGCCACGCCCACCCUACUACUGUAUUUUUUUCAAUUGUGUGCAUCGACGUCAGGAUCAGGGGCGAACUGUUUUCGACCCUUACAACGCCAAGGCAGUUCUGCUUCUUCAAAGUAAAAUCCUGCCGGUUUCAAGUCCCGCCAGCAAAGCCAGCCAGUCAACCAGGGCAGUCAGUCAAUUUUGUUGUUUGCUUUGUCGUGCGUGUUCCCAGCCUGCAUUGUGUGACCGUGACCCUGCCACGCGUCAACAGCGACUGCACUAGGCACCUGGGGAAAAAAGCCACCGGCUUGGAGCUAGGAGCUUGCAAGCACACCGGCGCCAUUUUUCUACGAAGGUACGGAGUAGUCCCAGUCCGUUCGCCGAGAAAGCAAAAAAACCAAAAUUCGGACGUCAUGGCAGGCAUGUUCAGUCACGGCACGGGGGAGAGCGAAAGGCAUGCAGCCAGCAUGAAUCGCUCUGCUGUCGAGCUUGAGAGGAUGAUCAAGGGACACGAGGAAAGUUUGCACAGAAUUCUGCAGUCGAGCGGCACUGCCGCGGCUGUGGUGCCAUCAGCCGUGGGAUCUUUUGAGAUAAUGAUCACGGCCUAUCAAGACGUGACUGCAUCGUCACCCAUUUUACCCAGUAGGGACUCGUUAUUGCCUGCUUUGCUGGCGACGCGUAGGACCCACAGAACUGCGGCUGAAUCUCGUGCGUUCCUAGAGGCACAAGAGGCCGCGGUCGAAAGGGCUAGGAGAAAGCUGGAGGCCGAGGAGUCUGGUCUUGAGGACCAGCGGAUUCUUCGGAAAUGCCUGGAAGAACGCAUUCAGUCGUUGCAUGGGGAGCUUGAGUCAAGGACUGAACCCACGCCGCAAGAAAUAUCACACGCUCGUAUCCAGGAGCUUAGACUCAAGAAACGAACUUAUGACAGGGAAACCUCUGCAUUACUCAGAACCUUCAACAAAUUCAUCGAUGAACACCUCGCCCCACUGCUAGCUGCCGAAGAGCUAGGAGGUCCCGUUGUGGGCGAGAUGAUGGAUAUUGAUUCGGAUGGCCUAGUGGCAGGCUUCAGCUCACACGGCAAGCCCAAAAAGGUAUCAGGCGCAGCAGAUCCAGAGAAGCGGCAGCAGCGUAUCGAUGAGAUCUGGGGAAGUCCUUCAGCCCGUCCAGGGUCCAAAACCGGACAGAACUGGGACGAGACGGCAGCGGCAGCUUCUGACAUGCGCGAACUGACGGAGCAGCUCCUGCAAAAACUGGUCGAGUCCGAGGGUGACCACUGGGCGUCUUAUGUCCAUAUACCAAAGGAGUCCGCGGCCGCCAGAUUCCUUAUCCGCUCUAGGGUCGCACAGUUUCACCCCAAAGAUGCGACCCGCCUGCGGCUCAUCGACUUUGGAAAAGAUUUAGAUGACUGAGGUGACUGACGGCCACCGAGCUCGAAUGAAAAGUGCAGACCAAAAGUCUUCAGGUAUUUUGACUUCGAACAGACAUGACCCCGCGCGGUGUAAUAAGGAUGGACUACAGACGACUCCGUCUACUGGAAACAGUAAUUACUACACUACAACCCCUGAAUGAAUAGGUAUGAACGGGGCAACAACACAUGGGUGGUACUUUAAAGUUUAACUUACCCUGUAUUUAGACUUGAUUUAUAAAGCCCCACGGAGGUACCUGCCUUGUCUUUUGACCCGUUUGUUUCCCGAAUACACGGAUAUAAUUGGCCAAAAACCAGUCCUAUCUGGUCUCGUUCGUAUUCAUUCAGGGGGUUGUAGUGUAAAUAGGUGCCUGCUAUUUUUCCGCAAGUCCCUGUAGAUCUGGGAAAGGAAACCAUCCUUGCAUGCAGUUAAUAUGCAGCAAGGUAUCCAAGGGACCUUGGCUCGCUUGUUCCGCCCUUGAGCUGCAGCAAAGCUGCGCAAGACAGUUGAAGCCAGAGUGAGCAGGCCUGACGGGGAUUACCCUGAUGUUUGUACUGGGCCAUUGGCCAAUGAAAUACAACCAUGUGCGACUCCGUACUGAACGCGUUUUCUCUGUCGCGUUGCCAAAUCUCACCGCCAAAUAGUGGGGGUAGCAGCCCGCGG